AAAUGUGUUGUGAGGGCACCGAGCUGUCAGACCUUUUGGCGAGUAAGAUUGAUCGCGCACAGGCUUCCAGGACUCUUUGUUUGGUAUAUAAGCAACAAACUGAGAGAGAGGCCUUCCAUUUCUUCUCCUUCUCUACUUCCCCUCUUCUUACUCAAUAAGCCACAUAUAGAUAUACAUUUUGUGGACGAAAAUACCCCAUGUACUGCCAGACGAAAUAAAAAAGAAGGAAAAACUCCCUGAAUGUGGCUUUUACAGAUGCUUCCAGAAGAGCAAUAUGAAACUGAGCACGAACAAGGGAAGAGAGCAGCUCAAUAGCAUUCCCAUCAGCAUAAUAACGCUGGCAAAUGGAUUUCGUUGUAAAAGGUCAAUUGUAACAGUGUUUAUGCUUGCUCCAUGACCAUUUCAGGUAGGAAGGAUAAUAGAAAUACAUUGGGAAGCUCAACCCCCCCCUCAAGCAAGUGUGGCAAUGGCCGUCCAAUAAAUCUUUGCUUUAUGCAGCCUUGUGGCUUUGCGCCCCUGACAUGGAAACAAGACUAUUUUCCAACGCCGCUUAUAAAAGAAUGCAGUAAUCGUGGCUGCUUUGAGUCAUCAACAGAGAUUCUGUGUUUCAUCACGGGUUUAUGAGCUCGACCUUUUAGUGAAAGUGAACGAAAAUCUGCCUUAAUGCUACUGUUACAUGGCUCCAAACACGCAUAUGAACGUCUUUUAAAGGUCUAUUCAAGGCUUGUCCAUUCUUGUUUUGGUUUAGCGCCUGAAAUACGAAGUUAUUUUCGAGGUAUCGGUUCCGCCCAGUUUUUUUUAUUUUUUUUAUUUAAAUUUUUUUUUUAAUAUAUAAACAAAUAUUUUUGAAAUUUAGGCUAGGUUAGCCCAUUUGAUCACCACCAAUCAUAUUUCGACCCUUUCACUUUUCAGAACAUUGUCUUAAUAUAGAGAUAAUUUGUUUGUCUAUUAAACAACAACAAAAAAUAUAUAUGUAAUUGGUAAUCAAAACCCUUUUAAACGUGACAAACGUCUUUUAACGUCUGACUUUUCAGCUGCCUUUUUAGGCUGUUUAGAUGGUGAACCAUGGCAUCUGUUUAUGUAUUCGUCAACGAGUUUUUCACCAUUUAUAACCAGAACCUUUCACUUCUCGACCACACUUCCACAUUGUUGAGAUACAAGGUGACACAUGCUCUUAUUUUGCCAUUUAAACCACGUUUUCAAUAUAGUUUUUGAAAGUGUCCUUUUGAAAGUCAUAUACAAGUGUCCUUGUAUAUGACUAUCCAGAAAUGUAUUGUAUUUCCCUGAUCAGUGGUAAUGUGCUCGGCGGAAAGCGUUGACUGUGCAAACAUAAGUGUACGACAAUUUUUUUAAACACCGCUUGGUCAUUGUCUGAGAAAAAUAAUCAGAAGUUAACAGAGCUCAGCUGACGUCUUUGAGUGGGCGGUCUUUUCGUAUUUCGUCUCGUUAAGACGGAAGACGAAACACGACCUGAUGUCUAAUGAACGAACCUUUGCUCCGGGAAAAGAAGUUGGGCUGAAUUUGAGUCGAAGGUCUGUCUGUGUUUCAAACCAUGGCGACCGAUUGAGAAAAGUGAACGUCUUGUUGUCAGUGAGCAUGCUUCGCCCCUCACCUGGACCAGUUUCAAUCAACCGCAGUCUCACUUUGCUCAAUUACAAUUCUACCAAACUUUGCUUAGUGGAAUAAUAUGGACUUUUUCUCAUUUUCAAAGAAAAAUAAAUAAAAUACAAAUAAAUUAUAAAAAAGAUAAUUAAAAAAGUUGACAAAGGUUAGUUGUUCUCAUAAUAAAUGGCCGUAUUUGUCAGUUUUGUCAAAUUAUAUGGAUUUUUGAUCUGGUUAGUUUUACAGCUUUAAUUGAUGCUUAACAACUUACGUGCGUUCUGAUUACAAAACUCUCAAGUUUUGAAGUUUAUUUUUCACCCCCAGAGCUUAAACAUGAAGCGGUACUAGCGCGAAAUGUGUGUCUGUGUCUCUCUCUCUCUGUGUGUUUGUGUGUGCUUUGUGAUGUAUGUGUGUGUGUGUGUGUGUGUGUGUGUGUGUGUGUGUGUGUGUGUGUGUGUGUGUGUGUGUGUGUGUGUGUGUGUGUGUGUGUGUGGUGGGGGCGUUCUCGACUGACAUCCUCAAACAAUACGAGAAAGAGGAGUGCACGAAUCCGCGCACCCUGAGCUGGUCUCCUUCCCUGUAAUAGAGAGCGUCAGGCGCUUCUUAAAAAACACAUUUUGUGGCUUAGUGGACUGGACUGGAGGAGCGAGGCGAGGACGAGCCGAGCGGACAGAGAUGUAAAUAAAAACAGUCGUGCAUGGCCCAGCUGAGCGAGGACUUUUUUUUUCUCCUUUUGGAUCAAUCAGGCAGAGAGAGGCUUCUUUUGAUUAAGCCCCAAAUUGUCAUUGGGCAGAGGUAAUCAUGUGACAGGCAAUUCGGUCCAAUUUCAACCUUGUCUCCAUGAAUUCUAUAGUUUAAUGGUAGCUCCGUCCCCAUACGGCCGUAAUCACUGAAAUAGAAAAAAGCACACAACAGGGGAUUUUUUUAAAAUAUAUAUUUCUUUUUUUUUUUCAUCGUCCUCACUGAGCCGCAACGUUUGUAAAAAAAAUACGGCGCUGCAAACUUUCCUCGGCUCUCAGGGAGCGGAGAUGAAUUACGAAUUCGAGCGAGAGAGCGGUUUUAUCAAUAGUCAGCCGUCGCUUGCUGAGUGCCUGACAUCUUUCCCCCCUGUCGCUGAUUCAUUUCAAAGUUCAUCAAUCAAGAGCUCGACGCUUUCACGCCCGACACUGAUUCCUCCUCCCUUCGAACAGACCAUCCCCAGCCUGAACCCGGGCAGCCAUCCGCGGCACGGUCGGCCCAGACACAGCCCCGAUGGCUGCAGCCCGCUGCCUACCGCCUCCUUACCCCCGGAGUACCCGUGGAUGCGGGAGAAGAAAGCCUCCAAGAGGAACCAGCAGCUACCGCACUCCGCCACCGCUGCUGCCGCCGCCACCACCAUCUCCAACGGGCCCGUGUGCUUCUCCCCGAAAGGUUCGCCCGAGAUCGUGGAGGGAGCGGGUGGAGGAGGGGGCUCCCGCAGGCUGAGGACCGCAUACACCAACACGCAGCUGCUGGAGCUGGAGAAGGAGUUCCACUUCAACAAGUAUCUGUGUCGGCCGAGGCGGGUGGAGAUCGCGGCCCUGCUGGAUCUGACCGAGAGACAGGUCAAGGUUUGGUUCCAGAACCGGCGCAUGAAGCACAAGCGCCAGACUCAGACCAAGGAGAACCACGGAGGGGGAGACACGAAGGGCCCCGGAGCCGACGACGGCAUCCACAGCGAGGAGGACGAGGAGGGGAGCGGCCUGCUGUACGAGCAGAGUGGGCCCCUCCUGGAGAGAGAUACCUGCUCCUUUCAGAACAACACACAGCAGCCCCCGCCGCAGCAGCAGCAGCUUCACAAUAAUGGAGAGGCGGCAAGCUAUGACAAAAAUCUGAAACAUUUUCCCAACCCGUCACCCACUGUUCCGGGCUGUAUGUCAACAAUAGGCCCGGGAUCGGCAUCUGGGCCGGACAAAGGCGACAGCCCCUCAGCCCUGGAUGUUUCUUUGCACGACUUUCAGCCUUUCUCCUCGGAUUCCUGCCUGCAGCUCUCGGACACAGCCUCGCCGAGCUUGUCGGAGUCUCUGGAUAGCCCCGUGGACAUUUCCGCGGACACUUUCUAUUUUUUCUCGGAGUCUCUGACCACAAUCGACCUGCAGCAUCUGAACUAUUAACUCAGAAUCAAACAAACAAAAAAAGAUUCUUCACAUUUUCCUUGUAUGCGUGUGUGUGUAUGAGAAAGAGAGAGAGAGAAUGUGUGUAUGAAAUCAGGCUUCGAAGGCAUUAAUUCAUAGGCAUUUAUUCUCUUGAUAUUUGACUUGACGAUUAAUACAAGGUAAGGACAGAACUAAAUCACUGAAAUAGCUCUGCUUAUAGAUUAAUUACCAUAACAAGGUGAUCAUUUGGAAUAGAAAUUACAAGUGUGCGGGUCUAAGAGGGAAAGUGUGAGUGUGUGUGUGUGUGUGUUAGAGAGAGAGAGAGAGAGAGAGAGAGAGAGAGAGAGAAAGUAAUCUAACAGUGUUAGGUCAAUACGGAACCGGGUCGUUUUUUAUUUUUGUAUAGUUUUCUUGGAUAUUUUUGUUAGAAUACAAACUAACUUCCUACAAUC